AUGUCCAGUGAUUCAGACCUGACCGAUAUCUCAGACUACGAAGGAAUUGGGACUGAAUCGAAUAAAAGAAAAAGAAAAGCACCUGAAUACAGGAUCACGAAUGCGCUCCAGCAGCCCAAUAAUUCAUCGUUUGCCACAGUGUGGCUGCACAGUACGGAUAAUAUCAAAUUUAUAUCUACGCCAACUAAUAGCUUCCUAGCACUGAUCAGGGAAGGUGAUAUUAAACUAGAUCCAGAAUAUCAGCGGGAUGUUGUUUGGUCAGACUCAAAACAGAGCAAGUUGAUCGAUUCAAUUCUACGCUUGUCAACCGAUAAGAAUGGAAAUCAAACCCGAGUUUGCAUAGAUGGGAAACAGCGUUUGACCUCUGUUUACCGUUUCUUGGAGGGGCACAUACCUCACAAAGAUGGUGGGGUUUCCUACUACUUUCAGCCAGCUGAUUCGUCGAAAAGUUGCCGUUUAUUGCCUGACAAUCUCAAGAGGCAGUUCCGUAACAAGACCUUGAUUUGCGUUGAAUACAGGGAUUUGACUGGGGCAGCCGAGCGCGUGCAAUUGGGAAUGGCCCUCACAACUGGAGAAACAUUCCAAUCGUACGAUGGUCCAGUCGCCAAGUUUGUUCACAAAAUGCACAGCCAACUCUUUGAGGAAAACCAAUUGGAUGUUUUGCUUCGCCUAUCCAUUGAUCGUGGGAAAGGAUUCCAAGGUUUAGCCCGGACUAUUGCCUGUAUCGCCAAGCUACCGGACUACGUUCAUCCUUCGCAGGUCCAGCAAACCAAACUUCUACAACGGCACGAGCUUACAGAAGAUGAGAGCGUUAGCAUCUUGCGCAAGUCCGAAAAGGCGUUGAAUAUCAUACGAGACAUUGCAAGCGACUCGCGGUUACGUGAAAUAGCGUUUCCUCUUCCGGCACGAACUUCGAGGACUUCGCCCGUCGAGUUCUGUUUCUCUGCGCUCCUUGUCGCGAUACGGGCAGAUGGGCCAGGUAUGACUACCGCCCAACUUGCACACCAAAUAGGAGACAUGAACGCGACCAUGCGGGCCAUGUACGCGGAUAUGCGCUCUAAUAACAAGUCAUUUUGGGAUUACAUCAACGGCCGUGUUCCAGCAAAUAACACCUCACUCAUGUCAUCACAGACAGUAGUUCAACCAACUCAACCUGAACCUGAACCUACGAGUCCGAAAAUGAAGAAGUUUCGAGUCAAUGGGCCUAUGACCCCCAAUACACCAAGCAUGUCCCAAACUCCGCGUGCAACUGAAACGCCACCUACUGGGAAGCGAAAAUCGACUGCCGUCACUCCACGUUCGGAAAGUGCUGCCCAAUUUUACAAAGUGUUUAGAAGCACAAAGUAG